CGGAAGUAGAAUGCGGCGGUUUGCUGGACAGUAUUUUGAACAACAUAAACCUCUGCAGCACAUUUUACAAGAAAUUCGUCGUUUGACGACAUACAAUCAUCUGUAUUAAAGACAUAAAAUGAAGUGCUUCUUGUCAACGGUCUGUAAGUUGUUAUGAUAUGAAUCGUGGUAAAAGUACGUUCAACGAUAUGAACUAACGUUAGUGGCAAAGUAAAAUGUAAAAAAGAUCAUGUGUGUGAUUGGCUCAUCAUGGACGACUCGGAUCAGGACUUCACCGACCUCUGUUCUCGUCUCCUUAAAAGAGUGAGGAGGAAAGGAGCAGGAGAAUCUGGAGAUGAGAAAAGAUCAGCAGCCAAGGAUGAGGAGCCAUCUUCCCCCUCUUCUAGAAGAAACCCUCCUAAGAGGAGAAAAAAGACCAAGGAUGCUGCUAAGACUGAAAUAAAGAGUAACAUCAACAAGACUCAACAGGCUGUAGUAUCUGCCGAUGCUUCCCAGCCUGUCCCUGAUGUAUCUGGCACAGGGAAGGUCAAAGAUGCUGUGAUCCGCAGAAUGCAACAGUUUAAGCGAGCCAGUCCAGAGAGACUCCUACAUGCUGAGGCCAACCAACCAACAGCCACAGAGUCUGAGGGAAACUGUCCCACCACUGCCGGGAUCCAGCACACGGAAGAUGUGAGCGGAGAUGAAGCCCUGGCACUUCAGCUUCAGCUGGAGAUGGAUCGCGAGGCUCGGGCUGCUGGGAAUGUGGAAGAGGCAGGAUUGUUCUUCUGCCAGCUCUGUCAGAAAGAUCUGUCGAGCAUGAGUCCCCCGCUACGCACUCAGCACAUCAACAGAUGUCUGGAUGCCAGUGAAAGCAGCACUUCCUCUGCAUCCCAUCACUCACACCCUAGACCGCGGGUCCCCGAAUGUCCCAUUUGCGGAAAGAGUUUUAAAUCAGAAAAAAGCCGGUCUGUUCACCUAAAGCGUUGCUCGACUGAUAUGGGUGUGAAGCCCAAUGAUCUUCUCCAGGCUCUGAGGAGACAAGCUGCUGAGACAGUGAGCCACAACUCCUCCGACCAAUCACAACAAGUAGGUAGCACAACAAGGAGGGACGGUGUGCCUGUGAAAAAGAGAACCAGGAAGAAAGCCCAGAAGUUGGACGAGGACACCAUCAUGGCGCUGGCUCUGUCCCGCUCUCUACUUGAGCAGGAAAUGGAAAAGGAGCAAGAGAUGUUGAAGGAAAGAGAGAUACUGGCUCAGCUCUCCAACCCUCCUGCAACGGCGGCUCCUGUCUUACAGUGGAGACCUGGUGCAGGUAAGGGCCGUGGAAAGAGAAGGAAGGGAGCAUCUCCUGUCCACCCACCACUACUCCUCAUCCAGGACCCUCAGACAGCACUGAAUCGUCGACAAGAGCGGGUUUCAUCUCUCCUGCUCCGUCCCAGACCUCCCUCUCCGCCAACACCCACCCUAUCCCCCUCCACACUCCCUCUCCAUCCUCACGCGCCCCUCUGGGACAAAAGCGCACUUCACGGAGGAGGACCAGAAUCGGUUUCAGAGUUUUACACAUCUGAACUAAGCAACUUCAUACAGCCAUGGGUUGCACCAGAGAGGGAAAAAGUCAAGUCUCUUGAAGUAACUCCAGUCAAGAAACCUCCAGCUGUGACCACAGAGGCCGAUUUGUUCCAGGAAAAGUCUUCGGAUCAAAGCCCGGCACAGCACAGGACUACCUGUCCUCUCACUGCCUGUUUGGGUACACCAGACACCCAGGCUUUGCAGGACCUGAUGGAGCUUGCAGAGGAAGGCAUGACCCUCACCCAGUACACAGCCACAGGGGAUAAGCCAGAUAAAGACGACGCCACGAAUGAACUUACCUCAAGUGGAUUUGUUCAAGAGACAAAUGACAAUAAGACACCCAAAACAGCCUCAAUGUAUGUUUCAAAGCUAUCAUCAGAUCUGAGCAGUAUGGUCAACAACCCUCAACUCAGUGAUGUGCAGUUACAGGUGGACAGUGGGGACGUCUUCUUCACGCACUCGUUUAUGCUGUACACGCGAUGCCCCCUGCUGGCCAACAUGGUACAUGACUCAGGGUUUGGUGUUCAGGAGGAGGGUAUGCCUGUUGCUCAGAGGGUGUUGUUGGGCGAUGUGUUUGGGGAGGCAGUACUGGCCCUCUUGCAGUAUCUUUACACAGCCCACUGUCCUCUGACACAUACACUGCUACCACACGUACAGGAACUUGCUGUUAGGUUUGGUUUGGUUGAACUGCAACAACAGUGUGAGGAAUAUUCCGGAAGCGUUGAGACAAACCCAAGAGGAGAAUCCAAAAUGUUUCCAGCGCAUGAGCCUGAGUCUCAUCGCAGGGACCAAGAAGACCAGAACUUGGCAGAAAGCAACUUCUUGGAGCUCCUCCAAUCAAUGUGGCAACAUGAGGACAGCGAAGAAGAGGAUGAUUUUAAAGAGACUGGAGGAGAGGAAGGAGACACGGGAGAGGAAAGAGAGAGAGGAGAUGGAGAGAAAGAGGACCAGGUGGACGAGGAAGAGCUUGACGAGAUCUAUGAGUUUGCAGCGACGCAAAGGAAGAUGGAAACUGCGACAGACACAGAGGAAGAGGAGGUGCAUGCAAAUGCAUCCCUCGAAAAUGAAAAGAAAGACGAAGGGAUUGAUAAAAAUGAGACAGAAUCCCUCUUAGAGAAGUCUGCUGGCAGUUGCCAUAGUGACAAACAAGGCGUGGAUGGGACAGAGGCUGCCAUGGUAACAAGUCCAACAGAAACCCUUAAAAAGCCCAGCCCAGAGACUGAGAGAGUUGGUUUGAUUCCAGAAUUUGAUAACGGCACAAAUGAAAACGGAGACCCAGACGCCAGUCUAGACAAGAGUUACGACCGUUUAUUCUCCCAGUCUAUAGGCGAAUACAUGGAACCGUCUUUGACGCCAGCCGCAUGCUCUCAGCAAAAACAUUAUAAGUCAUCAAGCAUACUACAGAAAAACACACCUGCCCCAUUUCGCCCUUCGAGUGUCCGUGAGGUGAUUGACCUGUCCAUAAGCCCUCCACUAAGCUCAGGUGUGUCAGGUGAAACUUCCUUUCCAAUGCCUGGAGUUUCUCCUGAUCCACAUAAGGGUGAAGAUAAAGUAGAUAAAGGCAAGUCUCCUUUAAGUAAAGACAACUCAAGCUGCCAGAGAAAAGAACACCCACCUUCCCCUCCAAAGUCACACAGCAAAGAGGUUGAGCUCAUUGUACUCUCAGAUGAUUCCAGUGAGGAUGUGGAUGGUGACAAUGCAGCUUCUAAUAAAUGUGGUUUGUCCCCUCUGUCUCCGUUCAAAUCUCCCUCAGAACCGUCCACAAGCUAUGCUUGCAAAGUUAAACUCACAGAAAAUAGUUUCAAAGAAUCUGGAUCCCAAGGCCAUGCCGGAAAACCAGUAAAUGCUUCCAAGCAGGUGACGACUGAUGCAGAAGCCAAGUCAGACCGACCUGAGGACUGUAGUCCUGGGGAUGCAAAUGAAAGUGUGUUUGAUGGCUCUGCUGAGGUUUCCUGGCUGAUUCCAGCCACUCCGGUAGCAUCCACACGUUGUAGCUCUACCCAGACCUGCGUUAGCAUGCGCCGAACCCAACUCUUCCCCAAAUCUUGCUCUGCAUCGUCCUCUUCUUCCUCUUCCUCUGUCUUGGACAGUUUGAAACCUACUGGCUUUGUUUCUUUAAGCAGCAACUGCGUUAAAGAGGUGCCGGUUCCCUUGUCCAAACUGUUCAAAUCAGAUCAGACUCGCUCUAAAGAAAGUCUUAGCACUGAUACGGAUCGCUCACCAGGUUACCAGAGACCACUUCGACUUCUUGGACUGUCUCAGAUCCCUUCUACAAGGGCUUCUGAUGACUCCCACACUGGCACCAUCAUGGGACGACAAACCGAGGGUGUCCCGCAGCCCUCAAGUAGCACUCCUCUCCAUUCAGACUCGAUACGACGUCAGAUCCCGUUCGGCUCCCCUAUGGUUGGUGACUGUGAGGGGAAAGUUGGCCUAGUGUCUCUACAACUGAGUUCUCCUUCCCCUAGUAAAACACCUGAGAAGAAGCUGAGUAGCUCUCUUCGGCAUGGAUGCUCCAGUCCAUCCCCAAACUCUCUGAGUGACAAUCAUCCUGAAGGAUUGAGAGAGGAUGAAGGGAUUGAGCAAAUGGAAGUGGGUGAAGAGCAUCCCAAUCAAAGUGUUGAAGAAGUGGUGGACAUUGCUGGAAAAUCAUUCUGUGACAAGGAUGAGUUUGGAAAAAGAGUAGGAGAAGAGCAUCCCAAUCAAAGUGUUGAAGUGGUGGAGAUAGCAGGAAACUCAUUCUGUGACAUGGGUGAGCCUCCUAUAGCGUUUGAUGACUCAUGGGGCUUGGAUGGAGGGGUUGCAAGCCAGAAGCCCCACUUUAGUCUAAGACUUGAUAGCAGUGAAGGUACAGUUAGUCCACCAAGUCUCGAGGGUAAGGGACAGAAGACAGGUCUACACGCCACUUCUCCUCUUGCAUCUGGAGCUUAUAACAAAACUCCUGAUCCAAGUCCAGGUCCGUUCAAUCACAGCCUACCUGACCCUGACAUGUGGGAUGAUUGGGAAGAGAAUGCUCCCCUUCCUCUUUCUCAGAGACUGGCAGCUCCCUCUGCCAAGAGAGUUGCUGAACUUAAGACUCCAGUUGCUUGCAGAGAGAGGAAUAAAGGACCGCUGGUACCCAUUACUCCCAUGCCGGGCUACUCCGAUAUGGACACACCUGAGCUCAAAAACAAACUCAAUAGAUUUGGUGUGCGUCCGCUGCCCAAGAAACAGAUGGUUCUGAAGCUGAAAGAGAUCCAUCAGUACACCCACCAGCUGCUGAGCUCCGACUCUGAGGAGGAGACCUCUGGACCCCAACGUCCUCCGAAGGCCUGCAACGCCCAGUCUGUGCCGCUCUCCUUUAAGCAACCUACAGCGCCCCCUGCUGUCUCCCCUAUGAAACUACGGCCAAGUGAAGAUGAUGAGCUUUUAUCAGCCUCUCAAAACUCUAACACGUCCUCCACUGCGGAGUCCGAGAGGUCGAACCCAGAGCUGUGUGUGUCCGGAGACGAUGACUCGGACAGCGAGGGCAUCACAGCGUCUCAGGCUGUUGUGCGCGAGAAGGAUAAACUCCUCGCAGUUCGUCAGUUCAUCUUGUCUGACCCAAAACUGUACGGGCGAGUGCUGCAGUACCAGCCUCUCUCCCUGGCGGAGCUGCGGUCCAGCUUGAAAGCAGCAGGAAUCAGGUUAGGUGCUGCUAAGCUACUAGACUUCCUGGACUCCCAGUGCAUCACUUUCAGUACGGCCAAACAAGGCCAGAAUGCUUCUUCCCGCAGGAAGCGAGGUGGGAAAAUAAAACCUAAUGGCUGUGCAGCUGGAAGAGGGAGGAAAAAAACAGCUAAGCCCAAUGGAGAAGUUGCAUGAGGGCUGAAUUAAAAUUAUGUGGUAAAACUACAUCAUUUUCAGAGGAAACUGUUAAAGUAAAAUGUUCUUUUCCAAAAAAAAAAAAAGAA